AUGACGGCGACUCCCCUCUCAAAGCGCAAGUCAUGCAACGAAUGCGUGAAGGCGAAGCGGAAGUGCGGCAUGGAGCUACCCAAAUGCAGUCGAUGUGCGAAGAAGGACAUUACAUGUGCCUAUCCUAGCAAGAUGGUGGUUGCAGAACUGCCAAUACCAGAACUCGACUUUCCUUGGUUGGACGAUUUCUUGCACGACCCUGAUUCCCUGCCAUGGGAAGGAGCGCUACAGCCACAGCUCGAGGUCGCCUCCGCAGCAUCCGCAAACUAUUCUGGCAGCUCUGCAUCCGAUAUCCAGCACUUGUCGAGACUCGCUCCACUGGGUGUUGAGAGCGUCGAUGCGCCAAAUCGAUCAGCAUUGGCACGUACAGAGAUGGAAGCCGCCCUUCACCGCUUCAAAACAUGGCCUGAGAAGUGGGUCAAAGAGGGGAAAGCACCCUUCAUCCAUCCGCGGUUGUAUACGAAUGACAUGCCAAAGGCGCUCCAAGAUGCAUAUGCUGCCUGUGCCAUCUACUCAACCAAGACUGACCAGAACGCAUUUGUUGCCUUCAGCGUCAUAGAGUCGAAAGCGAACGAGCUGUUGCGAUCACCGGACCAGGGGUCCUGGACCUCGCUCGAGCUGUUAGCUGCUGUGCAAGCGUUACUCAUCUUCCAGUUCAUCAGACUGUUUGAUGGUGAUAUACGUCAGCGCACACAAGCUGAGAGAGCAGAAUCAGUGCUAGAGGCGUGGACCAAUAAACUCAACAGAAUCACGACUACAGACCGAAGCUACACCACCGAUACUGCACCAUCCUGGCGAUCGUGGAUCUUCUCCGAGUCCGUUUCUGCACAUUCUUUUACGGCCCAACGAAAACUCUGGGACGCUACUGGUCCGCUUGAGUGGCAGCGAGUCAAGGAGAAUCAUGAUCCCUUCUGGACCCCGGGCAUGAACUUCGAUCAUGUCAUCAGCUACGGAAGCGGCCACGAGCUGGACGAUUUUGGCAUGGUGAUGCUGAUCACUUACAAGGGCCAGGACACAGUGGACCAUUGGCUAACCGUAUCACAAGAGGCACCCAUUGCUGCUUUGGACCUCCACGAAAGUGUGUUGAGCAUGGUGCAAGGCAAUGCUACAUGUCAUUGA